AUGAGCCUUUCAUUUCAGAGGGGAAUCCUAAUUUUCUUUUUAUUGUUGGUCAACCAGUUUGCUUUUUGUGCUAACUUACCAAAUGGCGUCGACCAAGGUGAUUAUUAUGUUGUUCCAAUCGGCGGUGCAAGAGUAAAAGAGUAUGGUUUUUUGAGUAUUUCGUCAACAGAAGUCCAAUUACAUAGUCAACCUAAAACUCCAAUCACAUACUCCUAUGGUCCACUUUCAAGUGGUAUGGUAUACGAUUCCACCAACAAAGUAUUCAAUUUCAAUCCAGGUGCAGGUCAAGCAGGCAAAACAUUCACCAUUCAGAGAAAUUCAACCUAUUACAAUCAACAAUCAUCCAAAACUAUUACUCAGACUGAUUACAUUACAAUCAAUGUUGAAAGUGCUGAAAAAUUAACAUCCACCAAUUUAUUACUACAACAAGAUAAUUUCACAACAAGUAAUGGAAUGGGAGGUGGUUGGAUUAGUACCCAAGGUUCACACUCAAUUUCUUCCAAUUCUUUAACAAUUAACUCUGCUAAUACCAUUACAAUUUCCAAAAUUAAUGUCACUUCCAAUGAUGUCACUUUUCAAAUUAUUGCCAACUCAUAUUAUUCAUCACCUGGAAGAGGAUUCAUAUUCAAUUAUAUUGAUUCUAAUAACUAUUAUGAAAUUCAAUUACAAAACCCAGGUCCAUUAACCAUUACACGUGUAUUGAAUGGUCAGAGAACUGUCAUCCACAGCUCAACAUUAUUAGUUGGUGCAUAUGGUAAUCCAGUUGUUACAACUAAUCACAAGAUUUAUGUUAAGAAAGUUAAUAAUGCUAUUCAAAUAUCGAUUGGUCAAUUGAGUGUGGCAAAUGCUGAUUAUUUGGUCAAUGCAGUUGAUUCAGAUACUAAUGCAAUGAAAGUAUUUUAUUCGAAUGAUGGUAAGAUUGGUUUCUUUGAUAAGUAUGUUCAAUCUGGUUCCAGAUUCAAGAUUUUACAAGUUAGUGUCUGGAAAGGAAAGGUUCUUCAUACUUAUUCGAUUGCUCCUCAAAUUUAUUGGGUCAACCAAAAGAAUGGAACAGAUUUGAAUACUGGAAAAUCAUAUGCAUCAGCAUGGGAAACUAUUUCAAGAGCUCAAUACAUGUUGUUCCCAGAUGAUACUUUAUAUAUUUAUCCAGGAACUUAUAGAGAAACUCUUAAAAUUCAAUAUUCUUCCAUUCCUGGACAUCCUAUUUCCAUAAAAGGAGUUAAUAAUCAAGUUAGAUUGGAUGGUUCUUAUCCAAUUAAUAUGAACACAGUUCAAUCUGUUAGUACUACAUUGCCAUUCAAGAUUUAUACUGCUCCAUUACAAAGAGAUUCUGUCAAUGUCAAUGUAAAUAAUAAUAAUUUCAUAUUGGCAAUGAGACCACUUCCAGCUAAUUCAGAUGAUUACUUUACAGUUGAUAAUUACUUGACAAUCAAUGUGAAUAAUACAAAUUUCACACCACCUAAUGCAUUGUUGAAUUAUAUGAAACUAGACGAAACUUUCAGAUAUAAAGCCGAUGGUUCCAAAGUGAGUGAUAAUUAUUGGGUCAAUGCAACCAUAUUCCAUUACACUGUUGCAGGUACUAUUACAAUUUCUAGAAAGAUUUUAUAUUACAAUAAUGUAACUAACAUAAUUGGUGUUGCAAAAAAUGUAGCAUUUUUGGUAAAUGAUAAAUAUUCAAUGGCAAACCACCCAGGAUUGAUAUCAAAAGUUGGUCAAUAUGCAGUUGUAAAUUCACAAUUAUAUGUAGCAGCUGCAAGUUUACCAAAUAAUAUUCAAGUUUCCAUGUUACAAACAGGAAUUAACAUAAUUAGAAGUGAAUAUUACAUUUUUAGUAGUUUAAAUAUUACCAGAUUUGAAACAAACAUUUUAAUUUGGAAUAAGAAUCAAACUUUGGUCAAGACAGUUCAAACAUAUAGUGCUGAAUCUCAAAUGCCAGAUUCACUAAAAUUGGAAGUUCUAGCUCAUAUUAAUCGAGUCAUUACAAAUACUUCAUUACUCUAUUUACACAAGAAUGAUAUUGUUCCAUCUUUGAAUACUACUCAUGGUGUAGCUUAUCCAUUUUGGUUAGCAAUUACAAAGAGAGGAUUAAUUAGUAGUGUGAAUGGAUCUGUUUCUUCCCCACAAGUUUUGACAGAUGUAAAUCUGUAUAAUGAAGUGAUUGGGUUGAAUAGAGCAGUUCUGGAUGAGUUGGCAUUGGAUUUGAGAGUUAAAAAAUCACUUAAUUCAUAUUAUCCAAGAACAGUUGACAUGAGAAAUAAUGUGUUUGUCAAUUCACCAAUUCAGAAACCAACUUUGAGUUAUUCAUUGACACCUUAUUGGAAUAUUGAUCAUAAUUAUGUCAUGACUGAUAUUAGUGUUGUGAAGUAUUGGCAAUAUAUUGAUUGGCCAAGUGUGAUGGAUGUCAAGAAGAAUGUGUACGAAACUAGUAAGAAUAAUUUGGCUUACUAUUUCAAUAAUGCUCUUGCCAGUGAUUUUACACUUCGUUGUAAUGUAACAAAUGGAAUUACCCUGAUUGAUAAGGGUGUGAAAAUUGACGGUAUUUCAUAUAAUGGUUUAACGAAUGAUAUUGGUGCAUUUGAGAGUAAUUGCAGUUCUUCAAAUUCAAUUACAACAACAGCUGUUGGUGUUAACAAUUUGGCAAAUCAAGUACUUAUUCAAGAUAAUUAUUCGGUUGAAGAAGUAAAAACAUGGACCUCGCACCAACUUUUCACCAAACUUUCCGCUAACACUGGCUUGUCGGAAACUAUUUUGCAACCAUUCCUUGAACAUGAUUUCAAUGGUAAUUCUCUUGUAAGUGUCUUAAUAGAUGAAAAGAGCACUGUGGAUACGGUUACUAUGGCUAUGAUUAACAGAUUUUUAGAAUCAAAGAAUGCUGGGAAUAUAAGCCUUGAGUUUGCUAUUACUUGCCGUACUGUUGCUAAUUGGGCAUUCAAUAACAUUAGAGAUGAAGUCAAUGUCAUUAAAUCGUAUUCAGAAUUGUCGAUAAUGGAAAAGCUGAAACAACAAAUGAAAGGCUUGACUGACGAUGCCAAAUUAUCAUGGUACCAAACAUUAGAGAAACUAAUACAAGGACAAUCUUGUGAAAGCAUGGAUAGGAAAGAAGAUGUGAAUAAUCUUUUCAACACAGCAUUUACCCUCUUUUAUUCUGGAAAACGCAAAAAGGAUUACCUAAACAUUGAACAAGUGAAACAAGAUUGUCCACUCGAAACUAUUGAUAAAGAAAAGGUAACCUUUAAGAAUCAGAUUGUCAUGGAACAAAAUCCCUCCCCUUUGUCCCUUAAAGAUGUAAAGGUUCCCUUAUUGAUGAUCCAAAAGAGUACACUUGUAAAAGAGAUACUUCCUUUCAUUCCAAAUUUUCAAGUGGAUUUACAAGAUGAUAGUGAGCGUAUAGAAUUGAAUAACCACAUAAUCAGGGGUGAUACUGUUUCCCUGAUUGCACCUUCUGGCACUGGGAAAACAGCAUUGAUAUCAAGAAGAUUAGGUGUUAAUCUUGGGGUCCUGUUCACUUGCUGUAGAGAUGACACAACAAAUUUUCGAGGAACAGAUUAUUGUUCCUUGAAUUUGAACAAUAGGAUUGAGGAUACACAAACUGCAUUGGAAUUAUUUGCAACUGCAAGACAAUUAGUGCACUGCAACCUGAUUGCAAGACUUAUCUAUUUGGAUUUAUGUGUAGAUAUGUGGAAAGAUCUUGAACACAAACCAUUCAAGCAAUGCAAACAGUUUUUAGCAUAUGCUCAAUAUACUGGCAACACCAAAGCUGCAAAUAGAAUAUUUAACUAUCUCAUAAAGAACAGAUGGGUAGAGUAUGAUAUUGAAGAAUUGAGAAAUUGUACUUCCUCCUUGGUCAAUAAUCUGAUUCAAAAAUUGGGUGCAAGUACUGAGCCUUUUAUAUUUGCAUUUGAUGAAGCAAAUGUGUUUUCUAUUAAGGAAACUUUUUUACUCUCCAAAAAUGGCACUUUGCGAGAUAUUCUUACACUGUUACACUCUGAGAUUAGCAUAAUAAGAGGUAGAAUAUCUACACCAGUUUGUGAUAUUUAUUGUGGUACUUGUUUUACGGCUGAUGUGAUAGACAUAGUCCAGUCCAAUAAUGGAAAACAUCAGGAUAUCACCAAUAACAUAUUUUCUUUUUUUGGUUUAGAUUCCAUAUCAGCAACAACAGCAAAGAAUAUGAUUGGGUUAAUGCACGAUACUAAUUAUCUGAAAAAUUUGUUUGAUAAGGAAGAUGAAAAGAUAAUUUUUCCAACAAGGAGAAGAGUUAUUGGACUUGUCUGUGAAAAAUUGACAACCAAUUUCAAAAAUCAACCAUAUUCAGAGUUUAAAAAAUUAAUUGCAUAUCCAUUCAAAUCUAUGAAGAUCUCUCCCCUUAAACUUUGCUGGAUAGAGUUUACCAAUAGCAUUACAGAAACUGUAUUGGCUCAUAUCAAAAACAAAAAGAUUUCUCUAAAUAUAUUACAGGAAAUGUUUAUCAGAGCUACGAACACCCAUAUUUUCUCAACCUCACUUAUUCAUGGGAGAGAGAGUAUGGCAGCAACUCUUGUUGGAUCUGGACUUGCCACACCAAAGGGAAUUUAUGGAGACUAUUUCUUUGAUUGUUCAGAUACAAUAACUAAACAAGUUUGCACAAAUAUUAUGAUGAAGAAAUUUCCCCAAACUUAUGAAGAUUGUACUACACCAAUGAAAGUAUUGAGAUUCCUUCUUUCCUGUGAAGAUUUACAAGAUGCUAAAUAUUGGAAAACAAUAUUUGCUCUAAUACUACAGCACUACAAUAGUAAGCCAAUUCAAGAUGUACCUUUUCUAAAAGUUAAAGGUGCCACACUUUUCCGAGCAACAUGUCAGAUGGAUGCAUUAGAGUUUUACACCCAUUACUCUAAAAGUACUUGGGCUACAGAAGCAUUGGAUGUAUUGAAUUCUAUAAUUGGCAAAUAUACUAAGCCAUGUACUGGUGUUGAUGAACCCGAUUUCACACAACGUGGUGACUUUUUGUAUUGGUAUUGUAUCAGUAAAUUAAGCGAUAAAACCCAGGGAGAAUACUUUAGACAAAUUGUGGAUGGAUUGAUUUAUUUCCCAACCAACUUGUGUCAUCCUGAUUUGAUCUUACUCAACAAUAACACACUGUAUCUAACCAGCAGCAAGCUUCACAACUGUUCACAAGAAGCUUACUCAAAGUCAGUGCUUAAAAGAAAAUCAUUAUUGGAUCGCAAAUUUUUUUAUAUCAACAACUUUACAAAGGCCACUACAGUAUGGUGGAAAACUUUCAAGCCGAAACUCCAGAAUUUUUUUGAGAAUUGUAGAUUUUGUAAAAUUUUUGCACACUUUAAUGUUGAACUGGAUAAACUAAACACUGAAAAAACAACAAACAAUUUUCCAAAUAGUAAUACAGAACUUGUUCAACAAGGAUUAAUAUCUUUAGAAAAAGAUACACAAUUUAAUUUCAUCCAUCUGUCAAAUUUACCUGUUCUAGUAGGGCAUGAAAAUUAUUUGUUAUUGGUGAAAUACUUUGAGAGAAUUAAAUUUGAUGAAAGGAAGGAAGAGGUGAAAGUAAACAGUAAGAAGGUAAACACUAUUGUAAAACGAAAGCAAGAACCUCCAAAUAAUGUCAAUAAGAAGAAAAAGAUGGUGCCCUCAAAUAAAUAA